AGGAGAAGUGGCGUGGCCACGCCCCACAUGGCAGCGCGCCGCCGGUCCGGUUGCUGACACCCGCGACCGCGAGCGAGCCAAGGCCGAGACUGGUUCCGUUCCGCGGCGCUCAUCUCGUCGUCUCUCCAGAAACCAGAAUCGGAAGUUUUCAACACCCACUCCGCUCUCGUCAUCCUCCUCUCCACGGAACCCUAGCGGGGAGAGAAGAAAACUCCACCCGAAUACAAGUCGGCGGACCGCUGCGGCAGCUCCAUUUUUAUUUCGGUUUCGGCUCCACCCCGUCCUACUCCCAGCCAUGGACGAAAUCAUGAAGGUGCUCGAUCACACCGUCCGGGAGAUAAAGAGAGAGGUCAAUCUCAGGGUGCUCAAGGUGCCCGAAAUCGAGCAGAAGGUUCUUGACACGACCAGCGAUGAGCCGUGGGGGCCUCACGGUUCAGACUUGGCGCACAUCGCCCGGGCAACCAGCAAACUUGGGGAAUGCCAAAUAAUCAUGGAUGUGCUAUGGCAACGAUUGGGGAACACUGAUGCGAACUGGCGUCACCUCUAUAAGGCAUUGGCCGUGGUCGAGUAUCUUCUGGCCAAUGGCACUGAGCGCGUAGCCGAGGAACUUAUUGAAAACAGCUCACAAAUCGCGACACUCACAAAAUUCGAGUUUAUGGAGCCGAAUGGAAAAGAUGUGGGGCUCAAUGUGCGCAAGAAGGCCGAAACUGUUCUAGCAAUUGUGGACGACAGGGAGAAGCUUCAGCAGGUCAGGGAGAAGGCUGCUGCUACCAGGGACAAGUACUUGGGUGUGUCAUCAACUGGAAUGUCACACAAGUCAAGCGCAGCAUCAUUUGGCAAUCGCAGCUACUCCUCUGGUGGUCGCACAGGUGGUUCAAGGGAAACUGCCUCAUUCAGGGAUAGCUACACUGGCACGGAAAGGAGCAAGAGCAGUAAAGACACAAUGUCAAGUCACAGAAGCACUAGGCACCGGUCGAAAGAAACUACUAAGAGAGCAAGUCGCUCUAAAUCUGAAAUAGGAGGCUCCAAAUCAUUGUCAAAUCCACCUGCCACAUCUGGAGUUCCAAGUUCACUGAAAGGAAAGAAUGAGGAUGAGGGCGAUGACUUCAAUCCACGAGGAUCUUCCACAUCUGCUGGAACAGCUAACGUGAGCUCUAAUCAUUUGGAUCUCUUUGGGCCAAACUUAAUGGAUGACCUUGUUGACACAGCUGAAUCUCCUUCAACAGCAAUGCUAAAUGUUGGCAGUGUUGCUGUGCCAGAAAUUGAUUUAUUUGCGGAUGCAGAUUUCCAGUCAGCUAAUGUUCCAUCGGAGGCAGCAACAGCAAGUGGUUCUCAUGCUCAGGACAAGGUCGAUCUAUUUGCUGGCAGGCCAUCUUUUGGUGGCUCCGCUACAUCAGACACUGAGUUCUCAGUGCGUGGUACACCUGGAAAACAUCCAGAGCAAAAACCAUCUUCCCUUGCACAUCCUUCUGCAUCUGCUUUUGAUCCCUUCCAGCCAUCCUUUGCCACAUUAUUUCCUUCAGACUCCCCAAGCAAAUCUUCACAAGGAAAGCCUCCCACACCUGAAAAUGCAAGUAACACAGCUUUCGAUCCCUUUGCUGCAAUUGCACUGAGGAAUUCUGGUGCAUCAGACUCUUUUGGUGCAUUCUCUUCAAGUACAGGAUCAUCUGUUGCUGAGCCAACACAUGACUCUCCUGGGAUCAAAAAGAGUUCUGAUUAUAGUCCUUUGGAGAAACUAGAUUUUGGUGCCUUUACGUCACACAAGGAAUUACACACAAGUGCCACUGAAUCCAUGAACAAGUCACUCGCAAAUCUGAAGCAGGCCUCCAUGUCAGCAUCAAAACCAGCUGUGAAGAAAGAAAGUUUUCAGGUCAAAUCUGGCAUAUGGGCUGACUCUUUGAGCCGUGGGUUGAUUGAUUUGAAUAUAGGUGCAGCGAAGAAGGUUGAUCUUUCAGAUGCUGGGGCUGUUGGGAGGCUGAGCGGCGGUUCUGAGGAGAAAGGCCCAGCUGUUCCGUGGUACAUGGAGGCGGCAACGGGCACCGGACCCGACCUUGGCAGGCCUGAUUUCCCAUCAUCGAUAGGAACAGCUGGUGGAACCAGCUUUUUCUGGCAGCAGCAGCAGCAGCAGGAUCUCGGAAACUUCAGGUGAUCCUUGUUCAGGAUACAUUAUCCCCUACCUUACCUUGAGUGGGCAUGUCUUGUGAUCCAUGGUUCCUGCGAUGCUGGUAGCACCUGCCCUAACAUGUGAACACUCGGUCCUAUGCGAUGAUGUCACAACAACGUGCUGCAGUUUUGUGUAUAUUAUUAAGUAUAUAUUGUGUGAGUGAGUGAAUAAACUGACGUGAUAAUCAGAACCGUGCAAGGCCUGAUUGUUAGAAACUAAUAUGUUGCGUGGGGUUGCUGGAGGAAUGUUCCCUUCAUAGCCUCAUAUAGUGUUUGUUACAAUUUGGGAACAUGUAUACAAUAUCGAAAACACCGGGGAAAACAUAAACUUGUAGCAAAUGUCCAUAAAUCUUGCAACAUCUUGUGUC